AUCAGUGAAAGCACAAUGCAUCUUAAAUCUGUUGUAAUUGUCGUCGACUUCCUGCCUCCCUUUCCACCUUUCCUCCAGGUGAUCGGUAAGAGCAGCGAGAAAUCAGACGACAGCUCCAUCGAUGAGAAGUACCUCAUCGCCACCUCGGAGCAGCCAAUCGCCGCCUUCCUGAGGGAAGAGUGGCUGAAGCCUGAGGACCUGCCCAUCCGCUACGCCGGCUUCUCCACCUGCUUCAGGCAGGAAGUGGGCUCCCACGGAAGGGACACCCGCGGCAUGUUCAGGGUGCACCAGUUCGAAAAGAUAGAGCAGUUCGUCUACGCCUCCCCUUACGAUGGAAAGUCGUGGGAGAUGUUUGACGAGAUGAUCGGAACAGCAGAGGAGUUCUACCAGUCACUGGGAAUUCCUUACCGCAUCAUCAACAUCGUCUCCGGUUCCCUGAACCACGCGGCCAGUAAGAAGCUGGACCUGGAGGCCUGGUUCCCCGGAUCGGGGGCCUUCAGAGAGCUGGUCUCCUGCUCCAACUGCACAGACUACCAGGCCAGGAGGCUCCGCAUCCGCUACGGACAGACCAAAAAGAUGAUGGAUAAGUUCCACAAGGCUCAGUUCUUAGGCCAAUACUUUUAUAAAUCUUUUUGCUCCAUGGGAUAA